UACAUGCCCCCAGAAUACCUACAAGGUAUACUCGGAACUAUGUCAGAUAUAUUCAGUCUGGGUGUAAUAAUCUUGGAGGUAGUAACAGGAGAAAGGAAGUACCCAGAUAAUAUUCCUCCUUUGGAGGAAUUCAUUGAGACUGAGCUUGAAAAAUGGAGAGAUACGCUGCAGAAAGCACCAGGGUAUACAUCCUUAGAGACAGAUUGCCUACAAAUAAGGAGAUGCAUUCAGGUAGGUCUAAAAUGCAUGAAUCCUUCACGGGCUAAAAGACCUACAAUCACUAAAGUCAUCAAGAUGCUUCAAGGAUUGGGAGGUAUGGAUUGCAAUGUUAGCAAUGAGGUAACGCCAACGGCAGCCCAGAUUAGGUCCGGCCCAAGAGAGUUGCUUGAUAUCCACCCCUUGGAGCUCAGCUUUAGCUUGGAUUCAGACAAGCAGAUCCGUUGCCUCGUAAAGCUAACUAAUAAAACAAAUGAAUGUAUUGCAUUUCAUUUUAAGGUUACGGGGGCAACAAACAAGUACUGCAUUGAACCGGCUGGCAGAUUCCUGUUGCCACGGGAGAUGACUUAUUUAGUUGUAACAAUGGAAACGAGAGGGGAGUUGCAGUGCAAUGAUCAAUUCCUUGUACAAAGCAUCAUAGUGAGGGAGGAUAGAGUGACAUCUAAGCCUAUCCCUGGACAGACAUUCGACAAAAUGCCAAUCAGUGUGGUGCACAAGGUAAAGUUGGCGGUUAUUCAUGUGCCUGCAGUCAUGGUGAGGGAGGAUAGAGUGACAUCUAAGCCUAUCCCUGGACAGACUUUUGACAAAAUGCCAAUCAGUGUGGUGCACAAGGUAAAGUUGCCGGUUAUUCAUGUACCUGCAGUCCAAGGAACAUUGAAUCCGCAGCAGUCUGAAGGCUCUCAGGGAAAACUUCUAGGAAGACCAAACAUUUCUGACAAGGAUAAUGAAUACACGCUGGUUGAAUGUUUGGAAAAAGACCUUGGGUAUUGUGCGGGAAAGCCCAUUGCUGCAGUUCUCAUAUAUAAAUGUUUUGUUCAGUGGAGAACUUUUGAGUCACAGACGACCUCAUCCUUUGACCGUAUUAUUCACUUAAUUGGGAGUGCACUAGAGUUUCUACAGGACCAGGAUAAUAACGAAACAGUUGCAUAUUGGCUCUCCAAUUCAUUCGCGUUACUCCGACUUAUGCAACGAACAUCCGAAUCAAGUGCAGCAGCUCCUCAGAGACAACGGUUCAUGAGAACUGGAGAUUCACCACAAAGCAGUAUAUUUGGUAUGAUCAAAAAGAUCAAUCUCCAGCAAGCUAUUGAAGCCCAUCCUGCUCUGCUUUUCAAGCAACAGCUCACAGCUUACCUUGAGAAGACGUAUCGAAUGAUAAGAGACAAUUUGAAGAGAGAGAUAUCUCCAUUUCUUGGUCAUUGCAUUCAGGCACCGAGAACAGCUCGCAUAAGUUGGACUCAUGGAGCUUCUGUUGCAAACGUCUUGGCCCAGCAGAUCGGCCAUUGGCAGAGUAUUGUGAAAAUAAUAACAAACUACCUGGGUGUUUUGAAAUCCAAUUAUGUUCCUUCAUUCUUAAUCUGCAAGCUGUUCGGUCAAAUAUUUUCAUUCAUUAAUGUCCAGUUGUUCAUGAGCGUGCUUCUCCGAGGAGAGUGCUGUUCAUUUAGCCACGGAGAAUAUGUCAAGGCUGGAUUGGCAGAGUUAGAACAGUGGAUCAUUGAUGCGACUGAAGAGUAUGCAGGCUGUUCCUGGGAAGAACUGAAGCACAUUAGGCAGGCUGUUGAAUUCCUUGUUAUUAUUGAAAAGCCAAAGAAAACACUGGAAGAGAUCACCAACGAUUUGUGCCCUGUCCUUAGCAUAGCACAGAUAUACCGUAUCAGUACGAUGUAUCGGGAUGAUAAAUUUGGCACCCAAACAGUUUCGUCAGAGGUAAUCACAAGUAUGAAAACAAUUAUGACUGAAGAAUCAGAAAAUGGAGUGGUCGUUCCUUUCUUAUUUGAUGCUGAUGGAAGCAUUCCAUUUUCGCUGCAUGACCUUCAGAAGUGUGCGCAGAAAUUCGAGGUAACAGAUGUUGAUAUGCCGCCUUUGGUCCUGGAGCAUCCUUGCUUUAACUUCCUACACAAAACAAAGGACAAACUGGACGGCCCGGCCCUCCAAAGUUAAAAAUACCUCUUGUUCUCUUCCAAAUGUAAUGUGUCCAAGGAAAUCGCCGUUCAUACAUCAUUGUCUUGUGAACUGCAAAGAUCAUAGUUGGAAUAAGUUGCAGUGACAAUUGUGUUGUUGGCGUGUUAUUUGUUUCAUUCAAUGCACGCCAUGUUCUCCCAAUCGAGAAUGUUUGUAACCAAGACAAACGUAUAUACCGCCGU